AUGGGGACCUGUAGAGUUUCAUGUUUGGGAAGUUCUGAACAGAGUGAUUCACUUACCAAAGAUAAUUUCGCCAAAAUUCAAAAGUUAUUGCAAAUUGCAACUGAUGCUGUAAGAAUCUGCUUUGAUAAAUUCUUCCCCAAAGAGGACUUAGAAAAGACUCUGAAAGAAAAUGAACCAUACAUGAGGACAGGACAGUUCCGAUUCCUACCACCUCAACUAGAGAUUCUCUUCCCUCCUCAAGGUGGACCCAACACUGGUGUAUCAUCUUUAUCUAUGGACGUUACCAUCAUGUAUAAAUUGUUGAGGAAUUUCUCCGACAUCGAUCCUCCCGGGAAUGGAUGGGGAAAGGAACCUAAAGUUGAUCACAUUGCGGAAAGUGACGACAUAGAGAGGAUCCGUUUAUAUCGAAACAAGUCUUCCCAUGAUGCCUUAAGUAAACCUUUUAUAAAGGAUGAUGUUUUCAAUGUAAUCUGGACUGACCUAUCUCAGGCCAUACUAAGACUAAGUGGUGAUGUUCUGAAGAGAAGAAUAAGUGCAAUAUAA